AAACAAAAAUGUGGCUAAAUGUGGCUAAAUUUUAGUGAUGGCUAAAUCUCGCGCAAUAUCACCAAAACAAGAAAGGAAAGAAUUACAUUUUAUUAUUUUUUUAUAGGUGAACGCAGCCGCUUUUUGAUCACUCAUGGCUGCCAUUUGCUGUGUUCUGUCAUUCUUUUGAUGUUAUUGAAUAGGAGGUUUUUGUUAAAAAGUCUCGUUUUUGAACAAAUUACAAGAACAGUUUUAUUGAUGUGAUACUUUACUAGCUAUUAUCCUUUUAAUUUUCAAUAUGUACUGCAAACUAGUUGGAUUUUCAUUAUGAAGCUAUGGGACCAAAUGAAAUUUACAUUUCAUUGUAAAACCAUUGUUUGUAGCACCGAGUUAUAAAAUGCAUACAGUAUGUCUUAUUUGAGUACAUCGGAAAAUGUGGGUUUCAGUGGUAUUCCACAAAAUAUAUCAGAUGCAAGCUGUGCCACGCAGUACAAGAUGGCAGUGGAGGGUGUUCCGGGUAGUUGCAGUGAAGUGAACAUGUUCAUUCAUGACAGCUCAGGAGACGAGCAGACUUACAUAACACACCUCAAUGAUAACUAUUUCCAUUCUAAAUUUAAAAUAGAUCCCAACGAGUUAUACACGUUCCACGACUCUGAUGUUAUUGCAGGAGAGAUAACAGUCAGCCACACUGAAGAUAACUUCAUUUUCACUGAUAAUGAUGUCAAGCCAAAACUCUUAGAUAGUCCGAGCAAAGAAAUCGAUCUCAUAGGUUCACUGACAAAUGGAGAGGUUAAGGAGGAAAUUAAGAAGGAAGUUGUCUCCAAUGGGCACUAUCAACACUUUAAUUCAGUUACAAAAUAUCAAGAUGUUAAGACUAAAGCAACUAACAUUAAGGAUAGUAAGACUUCAAAUACCAAAGUUCCGAAAGCAAAGACUCAAAGUCAGAGUAAGGAGCCGACACACUCAAAUUCUGUUUUUGAGAUCCGGCGGCCAAGUGUUCAUAGCCCUAAGGGACAAAUCAACAAUGCCACCGCACCUUCUUUUAGUAAUAAUGCCAGUAUUAUUAGUGAUAAUCCAAACUCUUCAACAAGUAAUGUUAAGUCUGCAUCUACACCCAAGUUGACAGGGUCAGAAACAUUUCUGGAUGUUUUUAAGAGAGAGCAAGGGUUGGUGGAGAGUCCUCCACUAGUUAUAAAAACUGAGCCAUGCCUGCCACCUCCUGUUAAAACAUCUGCUCCUGUUUCUGGCAAAACUCCCAUGCCAGCUGCAGUCAAAGUACCUCCAACUGUGGCAAAAAUACCUGCAGCUGUUAAGAAAACACCAACAGCCGGCAAAAGUCUGGCAGUGAAGACAGCCACACAGCCGAAGCCGCGUCGUGGGCGGGGGCCGGCGCUCCACGAAGCGUUACAACGGAUACCCGCGGCGCGGCGAGCGGUGGCCGAGCCGAACAGAUCGUGGCAUGCACCCGGUGAAGAACUGUUCCAAUGUGGACCCUUGGAUGAUAAAAGACCUCUGCCAUUUACGCUGGAGAGUAGUAGCAGCGAUGAUGAUAACAUGCCUGAUUUUGAAGCGGGUGCUGGAGCAGUAUGCGUGGAGGAGAGUGCGGCGGAGUCUCGAGGCGCGCGGCUGGCCCUGCGGCGGGCGGCGCUGCGGCGGCACGUGGCGCGUGCGCACACCACGCUGCGGCUGGCCAGGGACUAUCGCCAACACCGGGCUCUGGCGUCGCUCAUCAAGAAACAGCUGCGCGGUCAAGGGUCAUCUUGCCGCGUGCCCACUGAGACGGUGAACCAACUGCUAGCCAUGCGGGGCAUGCCCGCCGUGCUGACAUCACAGGAGCGCCGCCGACUCAGGGAAAGCGGGUGGUCAGGCGGUGAGAGCGGGUCGACUCAGUCAACAACGGGCUCGUCAUGUGCCGAGGAGAGAUGUACGCAGCCGCCACUGCCGUGCGCGCGAUACUGCCUAUCGCACGUGACGCUGGAGCCAGAACAGCGGCUUUAUGCAGCGUGUGCGGCGGUGUUCGCGGGGGGAGCGCGCUGCAUGCAGCCCUUAUUACCGCUGCAGGAUCAGACACCACUGUGUGCUGAGCAUGCUUGGAAACGAGACAACUACGACAAGAUAUCCCGCGACAGUCGUCCGAAGAAGCCGGCGCCGGUGCGCAAGCGCGUGUGGCCGCCGCCGCCGCGCCCCCCGCGCCGCGCCAAGCGCCGCCGCCGCCCCCCGCCCGCGCGGCCCAAGCCCGCUUCCCUGCACUCGCUCUCAGAAAUCAACGUGUGCUCGAAUUCGUCGACUUACGACAGCUCCGAGGACACCACGAUGGGCGGGCUCAGUGAAACUGAGUACAUCACUUCAGCGGGGAAUUCGCAUGAAUUAGAAGUGGAAGUGGGUCAGGUGCCGCCGGAUGAUAUACUGGAUCCAGCUGUUCUCAGUCAGAUCCCCGACGAAGCUUUCACCGAAUUCUUUAAUCAAGCGGAAGGCGGAGCAACGUUCGCGGAGAGCUCGGAGCUGGCGGCGGCGCUGGAGGCGGUGCUAGACGAGCGCGGGCUUGACGAACGCGCGCUCGACUCCAUCGCCGACUGCCUCUCACCACAGCACCACCACCAUAAGAACAAGAUCCAGCAACUGCCGGCAGUGAGCAUGCAAUCGAGCGCGCCGUCAUAACACAGUAAUUUAGAGUUAUGUUAAGCUAAACUAUGUACCUACUACAUAUAAACCUUAGGAACAAAUUCGAUAUUCGUAGUCUCAAAAGUUGGAAUAUUUUUCUUCAUGCUUUAAGUUUAUAUGUAAGGGGAACGGUAUGUAUGUGUGAUAUUUGAUUCUGGGUAACUUUAACAGGAUUUGGUGUAGUUUGUGCUUUCGAUGAUCAGGCAUCGAUCAUAUCAUGAUGACAAUAUAGCUUGAAGGAUGCAGUGUAUUGUGGGCAUGAAAUAUUUCUUAUAAUUGUACAGUGAUUUGCUUUCUACUUGAUUCAACAAGGAACAUUGGUACCGAUUUUGGCAGUUUUAAUUUAGCUCGCCAGAUUCAAAACUAGCUCUUAUCUCUUUCUUGUACGUAUCGUAAGUAAAGGACAGCACUAUUUUUUAAAACGGUCAAACAAAAUUAAAAUGAGUUUUGUUGGUCAGAAUAAUCACCAAUAUCUCUAUAACGUGGUCAUGAAUGUAGUGUUAAGAAUCUACUACCGAUCGUCCAACGAAAGUUUUCACGUUAAUAAUAAUAUUGUUCUGAUAAAAUAGACUGUGUCUAAUGUAUUUCUGUGUGCGUGUGACUGAAAUAAAUGUUACUGUUAUAAUAUUAGAUAGUGGUUGAAAGUACACAAAGCUAACAUGUUAGGGAAUUAAAUAAAUGUGUGGAUGUAAAUGAUAAGAAAAAUCAAGAUAACUUGAUGUCACACCUCAUGUUUCCCGUUCGUCCGAUCGGUCGAUCGGUGGACCGGGCAAUCGGUCCAAUGGGAUUUAUUUUUCCCUUUUAACCGAGGUGUUAGCUUAGUAUGACAAAUGAGAAGAAAAAGUCUCACUGGAUCGAUCGAUCGGUCGAACGGGAAACACCUUUAAAUAUAACCGUAGUAGAAUAAACCAGAUUAUGUUGUUGCUUCAAUCCGCAAGUAACGAAUAAUAUAACAUCUUUUAUAUAACGUCUGAGGGCCUCAAUAUGCCAGAACGUACCACUCACAUAGUCGAGUCCGUUCAUCACAGUUAUAGCUUUACUAUUUCCAGAGAAAGAAAAAAACUAGAAUUCUACUCGACUUAUUUUUUUCAAACACAGAUCCCAAAGGCUUUUUUGGUCUAACAGAAAGCUCGUUGAGGUGUGGGUACUUAGUUCAUCUUGCGAUAGAUGUACGGUCAUGAGCAAUAUAAUGUACCCACUUUAGGACUCUGUCGCACUAACAUAUUUGACAUUUAGUGAGACUUACAGUUCAAUUUGUGAGAAAAGUUAAUGUGACAUGGUACCAAAGUGUAUACAUAUUAAUGCACGUGACCGUAGCUCUGACUAUCGUAAUUGGGAUUUAGUCUUAAGCUUAUUUAAAAAAAUAUAUGAACUUGGGAUGUCGACUAUAAGAACUACUCUGUUUUAUUCUAUCUACCACAGUAAAAAACACAACAUUAAAAUCUGUCAAUAUUUAUCAGCCUUCAAACUAAAAUGUAUUCAAAGGUAUCAAGCUGUUUCCAACAAACUAUUAAAGUCCAGUGGCAUUUCGAGGCCGCCUUCGAUUGUCUUCAUAGACUAGUUUAGGAAAUUGUUGACGCGUAGAAAAUGUGUUGCAUGUCGGUAUGGAGUGUGUUAGGUAAGUUAUAGAUAGGUGCGGUUAGAAAAAUGAAUUUGUACUUUCUGCGAGUAGCAUAGUGCCCAAACUUGUUUCGUAAAGCUGUUGGUAAUUGUUAUGUCAAUUAACGGUAAGCGUACUAUCAAACCGCUUCUCUGGUGCACUAAACUGUGUUGCGUAAGUAUGCGCGGCGUGAUUUUCAAUCAUCUAAUCCUAAAAAUAGAUCUUGCAGUUUUACUUAAUAGGUUUAUGACAUGUAGUGAACCCUAGCAUGCAUUACGGACCCUGCUUUUGGAAGAAUACAUUUUAUUAUUAAAAAUAAAUUACGUUUCCUCUUGAUGUGACAAGCAGUUACCAUUUCUAUAAUGGUUUGACUAGUCUGCCAUUUUGUUCUCACAUGUCAAACUACACGCGCAAACUCACUUUCAUCCAGCACUGAAGAUCCGUGCCGGCGUUUUUGCUGGGUUUUCAACUUUCCACCAAAUUGGAGAGGAGAGUAGACGAGGGAGUAUGUACAGAGGUCGAAUUACCACGAGAGCGAUAAAGCGUUUUCUCUCUCCCUUUCUGGCAUCAAUCAAUCAUCGGGUAAAUUCGCGCAACCCCAGUUCUGUAUCAUGCUAGGGCAUCCUUCUCGGGGCUAUCUUCAUAGUAAAAUUGCAUCGUAAGGCGACAAGUAUAGGGUAUGGAAUGCAAUGGGCAAGGCAAAGACUUCCGAAUGUUAAGUGACAAAUACCAAUGUUCGUUUUGACCCUACGAUAAUGAAGUGGUCAAUUUACGGUCUGAUGUCGGAGAUGGGUCUUCAAACUUAUAUGUAAGAUAUCAUUGCCGUAUCAGUGUUUCACAAAGGGCCGUGAGUUAGCCACUUUAAAGACUUGGCUACACCAAAGGCAGUAGCGUAGGCGCGGCUAGGCAGUUUGAACGCGGUCGCAUCGCAGUUCACAGUAGGUUAGUGAUUUAUUGAAAAAAAAAUCCCAAUGAUUAUAUGAUUCCGUAGAUAAAUGUUACAGAAACACAACGCUGUGGGAGAGUAUUGCACGGGAAUUAAAUAUAACAACUGAACGCGGUUGUAACACGGAGACUCAUUGAAACUGACCCACGCUGCUUCUGACCUACUUCUGCUUUUGUUGUGGCGAAGCCUUAAACAUAAAAUCUGUAGAUAAUAAAGCACUAGCGCUCACUAGCGCCUGUGGCACCAUAGUUGUUUAUGUCCGGAAACUCGGUACCGUAUAUGUGCAUUGAGCUGUAAUCUUUGACAUUUACUUGGCGUAAUUUGUGCAACUGAAGCUUUACUACUAGGGCCGAAUUCAUAAAUCACAUUUGACAGCGUCGGACUCAUAAUAAACGAGAGACUUAAAGAAAAUUAAACCUUAUAACUACGAGAAAAUCUAUAAAUUGGUCCUACAUAUAGUAGGUUUUAUUAUCUAUGGAUUUUACGGUUUGUUGUAGGGAGUGUAUCCACAAUGGUGCCUAUACAAAUAAUAAUAAAAAAAUAAUUGUCCUAUUCAAAAAUACAUGUGAUAGUUUUGUUAUGUAUGAAUAAUAUUUAGCCGUAUGUCAGUCUGUACUAAAUUUAAAGUGUUAAAAAGUACCACUUGUUAAUUCAACAUUGAACUAUCACACCAUCGUAUAUUUAUUAAGACUACUUUAAAAAAAAACAAUGUUUUAGAAAUGUAGUAAUUGGGACAUUAUUAGCAUUUUGUAAAAUAGUAAAGCAGUACAAAAGGUAUCUGGCGACCCGUGCCGUUCAUUUCUGCAUAGAUAUUUUUGCACUUCCUACUCUAAUGAGAGACUUUGUGGCUACGUUCACCAAAAACAAUAUAGAGGGCGUUGUACAGUUUCUACGUGAUACUUACCUAUUUUCUCAUUACUCUGGUACAUAAUUAUUCCAAAAUACAAUGUAAUGACAGAAACAUACAUUUAAAUAAUAGGCUAGUUUCCAACUAGUCAAAUCAGUUACUUUUUACUAAACGUCAAAACACGAAAUUACUAUGGAAUUCGUAUGAAAAAGCACACUGUGACGUCAUAGAGAAACGUGACAAAAUGUCGGACUUAUUAUUACGUUUUUCUUGAUUAAAAUUCAUUAAUAAGUUAAAUAGAAAAAUGAAAAUGUUUUUCGUUAGUAGUAAAUCUGUAUUUAUUUAGUAAACAGAAUUUCAUAAUUUAUCUUAAACCUAGUACACAACCCAAUUGUUGCUACCUAUAUUGAUUUUGAUCAGAAGAACAAUGGGUGGAAAAUGUAAUUGUGCCUGGGUGUAAUAAAAAGGGUCAUUAUUUAUACCCAACAACAAAGAUAAAAGAUGCAUAUUGUCUGUUACCCAUGAAAUUAGAAGGUUAAAUGAAGAAAAAUCUGUACAGCGCCAUCUAUAUUGUUUUGGAGGAACAUAGUCUGGAAAUUCCCUCAUUCAUAUAAUAUUUCAAUUUGUUUUUGAAUAAACAACUCGCCGGUAAAUGACUUUGUCGUCAUAGCGUUAUAAACAGAACCAAAUAAAAAUAUUUUUGUAAAAGUUUAUGUUCCUAAGUAAAUCUUAUGUGAUUAUUUUAUGGCUGAAUUGAGUUUAAUUUGUCUAGUAUUCAAUUGGUAUUUUAGUAGUAAUAUCUAAAAUGUAAUUUUAUUUAUAUUAAUUGGUUUAACAAAAAUUCAAUGGGAAGUACAUAUUUAUUUUGCUUAUCUUAAAAAAGCAGAUGAGUGUUUCGUUUAUAUAUUUUUGCAUUUGAUCAUAACAUUUUUAUUUAUAAACUUGGUAUACUAUAAUUAUAGUGGUAUAUAGACAUCAUGCAAUAAUUUAGGAAAUGUAUAGUACUGACUGUAUAAUUGUGUGGUAUGUCCUGGGUUAAGUCAACUAUUCGCUAGUAUAGAAUUUCGACGUGUUCUUUUAAUUCGAAUAUGUAUUGAGCGAAGCCUUGGCAUUCACGAUUACUGUGUAAAGUAAAACUGCUAUACCAACUGCAUAGAUAUCUUUACUAUAUUCUUUAUUUAAACCAAACAUUAAAUCCGUGAUAGUUCUGUUCGGAGAUCGCGUGCCCCAGUUCAGGGUCUAAACCACGGAAUUCGACUUUGAGUUAGAAUUCAUGUUUGGAUAAGUAGAUAAUUGAAAUCACGUGGUGGCAAUAAGCUCGCCGUCUAUUAUAUGGACUUAAACAUAGCUGACGAGAAAUAUGUUAAACUAACUAGACAAAAUAUGAAACUAUUUAAUAAUAAUAAGAUUUAUUGGUUUCAGGGUCGUAGUAUGUCAAGGCAUCUCUCUCAUAUCUAGACUUAUGUAGUAUAUAGGGACGGAAAGUGAAUGCUUAUGUAUGACUGAUGGCACAAACAUGCCUACAUAGGAGGAGGGUGUUUUUGGAGUAAAUAAUAAGUGAGAACUCAAGACAGUAAAGCGAAUAAAUCUAGAUAAAAAUACUAUUGAUUUGUUUUCUAUCUAAGGUGGUGGUAAAAAAAACAUCCGAGAUUCUGAAGAGGUUGAAAAAAAAUGAUUGUACCUAACACCGACACAGUUUUCGUUGCAAACAUUUUGAGUCCUCAAAAAAGACGCGAGAAGCUCGGUGAGGCGUGGGUACGUUCAUCUUGCGAUAAAUGUACCUCUGACUACCCCAAUUGGACUCACGACAAUAUAGACGUGAGCUUAUGUUGUUAUGUAACAAUGACGUCAUCGUAAGCAGUCACUAUUCGCCCUAUAUAAGAUAACAGAUACGCUUAAUUCUCCAUAUGCAGUACCUGCACUUUCGUUUUAUAACAAUAUACAAAAUACAAUAGAUAUAGGAACGUGUAAUAAUUGUAUGUAUGUAUUUUACGUGCUAGUUAUUUAUUGUUUGUACUUUUGUAGAUCAAAAUAUCGAAUUGACUGCGCUUAGGGAGAUUAACGUAAUGUAAGUAAUAUUUUGCACCUUUAGUUAAGGUUAGUUUGUAUCGCGCCUGAGUUGUGAACUUAAGGGAAAUUGGAUAGCUUGUGUCGUACGAUGCUGCACUGCAGUUUUGACAAGCAUGUUUCAUGUUCUACGGGUAGGUACGGCAAAAAAGCCUUGGGCGUUUUCACACUACAUCCGAUUCUCAUCAGCUCCAAGUCGUCGUAAAAAAAUACUUAGAGAGUUGAGAAUUUAAAAUGAUUAAAACACAUGAUAACGGGUUCUAACCGCGUUUAAAUCAGGGAUAUGAGACUCGUGAUAUUUCGACACUGUUGCAAGUGCCAUGAUCACGGGAUGACUAACACAUGUUUAAAACAAUGUUUAAAAUGUUGUUACUGUCUUGUUUUUGUGUGGCGUCCUUUUAUAGUAAACAAUUUUAAUUCUAUUCUAUUUCUGAUGACGAAUAUCGGAUGUAGUGCGUAAGCUACCUUACGAAUAUCUCUACGACCACUUCGAAUUCGUCAUUAGACGGAAUCGGAUCGGAUAAAAAUAGCUUGAGUAGAUUGACAGCUGUCAGCUGUUUUCAACUAUAACACUUUUCCCGAUAUGCCCUAUUCGCACUAGACUGUAUACUAUAUCUCAGUCUUGACGUCAUUCUAAUCAAGUUAUUUUUGACCGGGUGUAAUAGACUGUUGUAGUGUUGAGUGCUUAAACAUUACACCCGCCGUCGGCUAUGGUCUUUGUUCGAGUUAGUAGCGUUUACUUUUUUUUCGAUAUUAGUGCUAAUUCCAGUACACAGCAUGUAAUUUUAUUUUAAGUUUUGCCGGUUAUUUUCUUAUCCGCUGAAAAAGAAAGGGACGGGUAAUCGACAGGCAUACAAUUUAUGCAGAAAACGUAAAUUUUAGGCAGCAAUCUAAAACAACUGCAAUUUAACCUCUCAUAUGCCGAGAUACCAGACACAAUAGAUUUUACAUUGUGUCUGGUCGAGAUCCGCGUUCCGGCGUUCGAAAGAUUAAGUCGAGAGCACACGUCAAACGGGUUGCAUACCAGCGAGAUACCCAUUUGAUUCACCCGGUUAUUCAUUCGAUUAUUCAUUUCAAAAUAAGCAGCCACCAAUCAUCCGUCCCUUUCCUUUUCGGCGGAUAAGAAAAUGAUAGGUAAAACUUAAAAUAAAAUUAGAUGGUUGCUUCAGGAAUUAGCACCAUUAUAAACUUAAAUUUGGCAACAUAGAUAGUAGGCGUCCAAUCGCAAGUCGGAAUCUAUCGAGUGUUGCCAGUUUCAUAUCCUAAAAUGUAACCAUUUCUGUUUGAUGUCUUGUUAAAACUGUGUUGCAGUGUCUUUAUAAAAAAUAAAAAUAAAGGGCGACUUUUUAAUCUUUAGACUUUCACUUUUAUUACUUGAAAACGGUUUUUAUUUUCGAUUUAGAUUAAGACAAUACGGGAGGUAAUAAUUACUCGAAUAUUAUCUAUUAGUGUAUCAAAGUAGUUUGAGGUUGAUAAAAGUAUACUUACUUAAUGGUUAUAUACGAGUUUUUGAAUUACCUUGGAGGACUAAAAAACGUGAAAGAUUUUCUAACGAUUAAACAUCUCACUCUUAGUAUAAUGUACUCUGUCACACGAAUGGAGUAGAGGUUCCUUUGACCGUAUAUAAUGUAUGCUUCGACUGUCUCGGGGAGUAGUUUGUGAUUGGACCGUGUGUUGUAGGCAUUUAGGAAAUGGUUUAAUGUAAGUAUCGGUGUUUAGCAGUUCGCGAGAUUGUGGUAAAUGUAAACAAAUGUGUGUUACAAGUUUAGGCUGGUUUUCUUAUGUUAAUUGUCCAACUUCAACAGAGUACUUGCUUGGUUUAAUUAUAUAAAGCAACAUCAAAGUACCUACACAUUUGCACACGAGUCUUUUUACAGCAAAUAUUCUGAUACUGAAAAUGUAUUAUAUUUAAUUAUCUGGCAACACAUUUGGGUAAAUAUUUGUUGUGUGGCAAACUCUUUGGUUGUCUAUGAUCUUCUAAAACAAAAGAGUACCUAUCUAAUGGUUUUACUUUUUACAAGUAAUAAUAGAAUCUGCUUAAACUUGUAACGUCAAUUUAAAAGUAAGGAAACUGCUACCUCUUUGAAUGCCUGGACCCUGUUGUUGUUGUCUAAUGGGUGUCUCAAGAUGAUGUUAAAAAAAUAAAAUAAACAUAAAAAAACUUUGACUCUUAUCUCAAGCUUUAAUUCCAUUUAUUUUGAGUUUUAAACCUGUUGUUACACACCUGUGUGACCAUUUCCUUACCUUUGUUAUAUUAUUUUGCUGUACCUUACCUGGUAGUCUCGUUCUGUCUGGUUCCUAGUUUUAAAACUCGAGAAUGGAAAAAGUUUUCAUGGCUCUAUAGGUCUUUUAUUCUGAACACAAAUUUGAAUGAAAUAUAAAUAGAAAACAUGUCCUUUAUCCGGACAGCGCGUUUCAAAUGUAUUUAUAAUUAAAUCCGGUUUAGGAAUAAUUUUAUCCGUACAGAUAAGUAUCAAGUUUAAUUGUAUUUUCUGCUGUUUUUGGACCACGGAGAGUGUCACUUACUAAUAGGAAUGUUGGUAAGAUUGGUCGUUAGCCGAACUUGCAUAUUUAUUCGUUAACUGCACGUAUCUUAGUUUUAAAAACUCCAGGGCCCAUUACAAUACCCAAGCUGUCGGGUCCAAUGCGUCAGGAUCGGGCUGUGUAAUAGCUCAUCGGUGGGCGGGGCCACGAUUUCGCCGUAUGCCUGUAUCUGAGGCCCGAUGUUUUGGAUAGUGUAAUAAGCCCGUAUGCCGCGUUUUAUCACACAAGAUACUGCAGCAUGGGUCGUAUCAAUUGUGCAUAUUCAUUUAACGUGUUGACAUGCGUAGAUGGAUGGAUAUUCGAACACCGAUAGGCUAUAUCAUUACCGUUAACGCAAUAUCCUAAAAUUGUUUGUCUUUUAGCAAAUACCCAGAUAGAACAGUGUAUGUCGACAACUUACGUAAAUUCUAACUGAUAGGUCGUUCUUCUUUUUUAUCGACAAUAAACGGCACGUACGCACGGCACUGUAGGCACGUUAAGCCGUUGGUCCCGGUUACUACUUACUGAUGUAAGUUAGUAGUCGUUACAGUUGUAAGUUAGUAUGUCAAGCGUUUGGCGGCUCAAUAGUAACUCUGACAGGGUUGAUGGGGUUGGUAAUCCACCUCACAACCCACACGAUAGAAGAUGAUCGACAAUAAAAAUACAUAAUAUAUAAUAUCUUUAACGUUAUAACGGCAAUAAAUAUUUUAAAACAUCAUAUAAAGAUGUGUCUGUAGAGGACUAUUGAGUGUUUCUCUUUAUCUUGGUAAUAUACUUUUCUUUGCAGGGACAUACUUUUUGUCGGAGACAGCAUUUCGAUUUACCACUCUGUCACAGGAUUUUGUGACCAAAAUCCUCGAACCUAUAAGAGGACUAUAUUUUUGUACAAAAGAAAGAUUAAAUAUAAUUUUAAAACACUUGACUUAUCAGAAAGGACAGAUCAUUGUUGAUAAAAUGGAACGACCCAUUUGCAAAAAAAUAAACGUAGGAUAUUUUUGCGUUUACGGUAAUGAUAUGCGAACCACGCUUCUGGUAUGCGAACCACCCAGAUGUGUGUAAAGACUAGCCUAGCCUGAGCUUUGCAUUAUUCGAAUGCACGCAAAACGUUACACGCCUCGCGGUCCCAAAAACAGAAUUACUUAUUUUAAAAAGGGCAUUAUUUUUCUAAUCAAAUCUUAUUCAACUGUUACGCAAUUUCUUCUCAUGUGCCAACUACUUUCUUUCAUCCUGGUAAUCCAGCCCAAGAAAUACGCUAUCAAGAAAUAUAGGUUCUUAGGAAUAUCGUCUUAAGUACAAACGAAGCUUUGAUAUUUGUUCAGUCACUGUAUUAAUCAACUUUACCUAUACAAAACGUUUGUAUAGAAAGCUUUUGAGUCUACUCAUUUCCAAUUUACUUGACGACUUCACAUUUUGAUGUUAGUAUCGAUUGUAUAAUUCAUUUAGGUACGUCCUUGAUUCGUGAAGUGGUUCAUCCUAUCUACUUACCUUAUUUUACGUCACUGGUCCCAAUAUUCAAGUCUGUUGUUAAUUGAAACUAAAGUGAAGGUGUCAUUCCCGCGGGUAAUAUUCAAUUGUCCUUUCUAUGUUUAAUGAAUAAUUUGGUCUUGUACAGUCAUGAGCAAUAUAAUGUACCCACUUUAGGACUCUGUCGCACUAAUAUACUUGACGUUUACUGAGACUUACAGUUCAAUUUGUCAAAAAAGUUGAUGUGACAUGGUACCAAAGUGUAUACAUAUUAAUGCUCGUGACCGUACGGUCUUUGUCUGCCCCGCAUUGCUGAUGCCACAGCGUGUAUGUUUAUGUACGUUCAACAAUCCAUAAAAUAAAGAUAAGCUAGAACUCAGGUAUAUUUUUAUAAUUAAGAACGCAUUUUUAGUUGACUAGAUAUGUACAGCAUUGUAAUUAGGAAGAUAGGACAUCAUUCUGUUUAAACCUGUAAUUUAUGUAGUAAAGAAUAAAUAACAUUUUUUGUA